AUGAUCAUGAAUGCAUAUAGGUCCAGGAGGAUUACCGCUGCCAGGAGGUGGCUACGAUGUACCCAUCACGUAGCCUUGACUAUCGAGAAGAACCACCCAGCCUGCAUCGAGUCCCGGCCCUUUUCGAACUGGAUCCUGACCCAGGAGCUGUUUCAUCGCGAGUUACCAGUCCAGGACACCAUCCAGAAUGAGCAGAUGGCCCGCCCAAGCCAGCAGAGCCAUGACCAGAUAGCAAAUUUUGUUCUAGCUCCGCCACUCUUCAUACCUCAGAUUCCUGGCAAUACAGAGCCGCCGCGAUGGACAGCAGUGGCCGUGAAGCCUAACAACCAUGCCCUGUUACUCACCGUGCUCGAGACUGCCCGUCGACUAGGCGAUCACCAAACGAUGGAGUCUUGUUUGUUAGAACUUAUCAACCGUGCUGACAGCCCGCUCGGGCUAUUCAAUCAACUUGAAAUGUUGAAAGAACAUACCCAGGGGGACCUGAACACUGCGCGACUGAUGCGGCUCUACAGGUAUCAGCUCUGUACCGACGACUCGGCGCGUCAGGAGCUCUAUGAUCAAAUCAAGGGUCCUGAAUACCGGCCUGACCCUUACAAAGAGGAGUAUCGGCUAUACUUGAGCAGCUUAAGUCUGGAAAAAGUGAUGAAAUAG